UUUUUUUUUCUUUUUUUUUGAAAACUUUUUCUCUCUUCGCCUUUCAUUCAUUUUUUUUUCUUUAUAAUGUCAUUUCAACUACUUAAGGAAGGCAAUCCUCGUACUGGACAGAUUCAAGGUAUUACUUGUGAUGGCUGGACCAUCAAAAGUAAAAAGGCGCCUAUAUGCAACUCGAUUGAAAUAGACAGAUUUCAAAAAGAUUAUGGGAUUCCUCCACCAGAAAUGAUAUUUGGUAACAAUUAUGUAGAAAUAGCAAAAGGAAGUUUAAAAUAUACUUGGAACGCGUUUGACGCUUUGGCCUUGGUGGAUUCAAGUGCAAGUAGUGGAGAUUAUAUCAAAGUGUCUUAUGCAAAAGAAUGGUCCCGAAAAAGUAAACAUCAAGAUGUGAAGGAUGUGGUGAAACCUUAUGAUUGGACAUAUACCACAACAUAUAAAGGAACAAAAGAUGUUGAUACCGAUUGGGAAAGAGUGGAUGAACCUGUAAUAGAUGUGGAAAGAUUACAACAAAAGGAACCUAUUCUGUUUUAUGAUGAAAAUAUAUUAUAUGAAGAUGAAUUGGCUGAUAAUGGAACUGCAAUGCUAUCUAUACGAUUACGGGUGAUGCCAACCUGUUUUUUAAUAUUGCAACGAUUCUUUUUACGCGUGGAUGAUGUCUUGUUUAGGAUUAAUGAUACAAGAAUUUUUCAUGAAUUUGGAUCAUCUUAUCUAUUUCGUGAAUAUACUUCAAAAGAAGAUCAUUAUUCCAAUGUUCGAAAGAAACUGGAAGGUAAUGAUAUUAUCUUACUGAAUGAUCCCAAUUGGGUAUCUUCUACUUUAUCAUCCAAUACUGUGACAGUUAUGGAAAGGGAUCGCUUGCGUAUAUAGUUUAAUGUAAAUUAGUAUAGUUGAUUGAUGAUAUUUUCCUUUUUUUUUUUUUUCAAUAAACGUUCGUCGUUAAGUGUG